AUGUAUUCUGCCCCUCCAUUUAGGUUCAAAGGAUCUUCUAUUGCAACACUUAUUUCGGUUCCUUUGAUGAGUACAAUUCACCAUGCCGGUGUACUCUACGCCGCCACAACUUCCCUUGGACUUCCAUUCCAGUGGAGCCCCCCAAACGUUUUCAUUAUCACCUUUGUUGAGUUGUUUUACUUGGUUGCUUGCCUCACAAAAGAUAUCACAGACAUAGAAGGUGACAUGAGGUAUAACAUCCGAACAUUUGCGGCGAUAAUUGGACCUAAAUACAUUACAAUCCUUGGAACGGGAAUUUUGAUGUUAGCUUACAGUGGUGCUAUAGCGGUUGGCAUUUACAUGCCUCAGGCUUUCAAGCGUUAUUUAAUGUUGUCUGCUCACUCAAUCAUGGCCUUAUGGUUACUUUUUCAGGCGAAAAAGUUGAACAAAGCAAAUUAUGUCAAGGAAGCAAGCGCAAAGUUUUAUCAAUUCCUCUGGAACCUUCUUAAUUUAGAGUUUCUCUUAUUUCCUUUCAUGUAACGAAAUAGUUGCCAGUUAAUUAUACGUUUUCCCCUAUAGACUAGGGUGGGGUAAGGAAUAAAUUGAGUUGUGUGUAAUAUUUUUAAGAUAUUAUCAUUUUAUUUCUUUUAAUUUUGAAUAAAGGCAUUCAAGACAAAUGUUAUAAUUGUGAGUUUAUGUCAUCUCUUUUAAUUUUGAAAAAAGGCAUU